ACGUAAUGACCACAGGUUGGCGCUCUUGUUUAAGCGAAUCCACCUUCAGUCAUCUUGAUGACGGGACGCCUUGAAGUGGGGUCAGCUGGACAGCAGUGCCUGGUGCAACUGGUGUUUAGUAGCCUCCUCCUACGGAUGUUGACCGUUCGUUCAUUGAAAAAGAAUGUACGGCUUUCAGUAUUUCCUGACGUAGAUUAAAUGUACCUUAUUUCAAACUGUUAGUAAUAAUAUCUGAGGGAUAUCUGAAGCAACCUAAUGCUCUAGCUUUUCAAGUUGUGCUACCCUCCCGAGUGUGGGAGUGCAACAGCAUUCUACUAGUGCAUGUGCAUGCGUUUGCAUUUCACUCCCAUAACCCUUUGCAUGAGUUCCAUUCCUCCAUCUGUUUGCAUGCCUGCCGCCUGAGACCGAGUAGGCCGCUCUCUUCAGUGCCUUGGCCUCCAGUUUGUAAGGCCUCAAGCGUGGGAGCACGAUGGGCAAGGACAAGGGUAACUCUCUGGUUUUCUCCUCCAAGAGAGGCUCGAGGUGCGGCACGCGCUCCUGCGCCAGUCCUGGCGAGCCCGAGCGCGAGAUCGAGAGGCUCCGCGACGCCUUGGAGGCGGAGAGGUGCCGCAACAAGCAGGCCUACAGGAAGUUCUCCCUGGAGCUGCGGCGCGUGCGCGACGAGGGGCGGCACGAGCGGGAGCGCGCCCUGCGGGAGCUGACCUCCAGGCAGGAGCGGCAGAAGGCCCUGGAGCUGCAGCAGCAGCGCGAGGCCCUGGGCAGGGAGCGUGCCUCCGAGUUCAGGCAGCUGCGCCACUGGAGGGACCGCGAGAGGGAGCGCAGCAGCGUCAGCUUCAGGCAGGUCCGGGAACUGCAGCGGCUCCUAGCCGAGGGGCUUGGUGGCGGCACCGGUUUGGGCAAGCUUGACCCUCAGGCCGUGAAGGGUCUGCUGUGCGGCCAAGGCAGCGGUGCCAUCUACCGCAAGCUGGAAGAGCUGCUGGCAAGGCUGCAUGGGCAGGCGAGCGGGGAGCAGGCGGUGCUCCUGCAGGGCCUGCGCCAGGAGCUGGAGCUGGACAAGAGCCGCCUCAUCUGCCACCUGCUAGAGAAGCACGGGCAUCCUCAGGCCCCCAAGGUGGCCCCGACCCCAGUGCCCAGGCGCCGCUCGGCCAGCUGCGUGCACCUGCUCAGCCGCUCCGACUCCCAGGGGAACCAAGGCGCUCCCGGCAACCCUGGAAGCGCCCCCCCGUCUCGUGCCAGGUCUCAGUCCCAGAAGGCCCAGCGGUCUUCUCAGCAGGGGCCGCUGAGGAAGUGGAGCAGGAGCGGGCGCAGGAGCGCUGCACCCCUGGGGAAGCCGCAGCGCAGCUCCAGUCCCGUGGCGAGCCAGGAGAUCCCCUCGCAGCCCUCUCCCCACGCAGGCUGGGAGGUGAGGCACUCCUCCUCCUCCCCAUCGGACCCGUCCCCCACGCCAGACAACUCAACCCCGUCCAGAUGCUCAGAGGAGGACAUGAAUGGAAUGGACUAUGGCUUCCUGGUGCGUCAGAACUCUGAGUUGCUGCGGGCACUGGAUGACCUGGAGAAGACCUGUGCUACUCUCAAAGAGGAGAACAGCCUUCUGAGGAAGAGCAGCUCCCCGGAGACGGAAGAGAAGGUGAAGAGACUGCGGAAGAAGAACACGGAGUUGGCGGUCAUUGCUAAAAGGCUGGAAGACAGGGCACGCAAGCUCCAGGAGGCGAACCUUAAAGUGGUGAACAGCCCUUUCCCGGUGAAAGCUGGCGCAGUGGAGCAGUACAAGAGGGCGUUCGCGCGGCAGAGAGCGCGGGACCUGGCCCAGCACGCAGACACGCUGCUCUACAAGGACAAGGAGAUCGCUGCCCUGCAGCAGGAGUGCAGGGAGCUGCAGACGGGCCUCGGACAGGGCAAGGGUGUGCAGGGUCCCUUCGCUGUGGCUGAUUUCGAGCGUCUGCUGCGUGAGUCUCAGAAGGAGGUGCUGAGGCUGCAGCGGCAGCUCUCCGUCAGCUCCGCACGCGAGGCCAGCCACACCGUGGCCCCCGACUCCACCGACAAGGCCGCGGCCGAGACUCCGCCCCCAGCGUUAAAUGAGGCUCCUCCCAGGCGCGAGGAGACUCCUGCAGAGGAGGCGGAGCCGGGGCCACAAGUGACGCCUCAGUCGAGUCCCAGCCCCACCCAACCGGAGAAGCAGACUGAGGAGACGCGUAUAGAGUUUCUGGAAAGUGAGUUGAGCAAAAAGAGAAAAGAAUGUGAAAGUCUUGAGCAUGAUGUUAGGAAGAGGCAGAAGAGAUGUCUGGAUUUGGAGAGCCAGCUCGAUGACGAGCGAGGCAAAAAUGAGAGAUUAGCCGAGGAGGCAGAACUCCUCAGGCGGAAGGCUCAGCUGCUUGACCAGUCCCAGGCUGAGAAUGAGGAGCUGAGGCAGGAGCUCUCUGAAUUGAGCGCUCAACACAAUUCAGUUCUCGAGGAGAACCAGAGACUCCGUGCCAAACUGGAGAACUUAGAGCAGGUCCUAAAGCACAUGCGAGAGGUCGCUGAGCGGAGGCAGCAGCUGGAACUGGACCAUGAUCAGGCACUGGCGAUCCUCAAGUUCAAGCAGGAUGAGAUCAAGCGGCUGCAGCGGGCCCAGGUAUUUGCCAAACGGGAGCAUGAGGGUGUCGUUCAGGUGCUGGAGGAGUUGAUCCAGCUUGUGUUGCGGAGGGAGCUGUCAAAGGUGCGUGAUCUGGAGGAUAAAUGCCGCAGUCAGAGCGAGCAGUUCGGCCUGCUCUCUCAGGAGCUGGAGAAGUUCCGGCUGCAGGCCUCCAAGAUCGACCUGGACAGCUCCGACCUGCUGUCCCACCCCAGCCUCGCCCACCUGACCAACGGCCUCCCGGGGGAGACAGGCGCUAGUGACGCAGAGGUCAUGCUCUCCCUCGGGGAUAUUGCCUUCUGGACUUUGGAGGGGACCGACGUUCCCCCCUGUGUCGCCUCGGAACAGGUGGACGUCGAGGCCAUGCUGAGGGCCGGCUCCACCCCCCACGCCGUAGGGCUGUCCAGGCCCGAGCGCUCCCCCGCCACCAAGCACCGCGAGCUGCCCACCAUCAGCGCCAAGUCCGCCUCCACCUCCAGCACCACCAAGUCCGACACCACCCACCUCACACCCAGAUCAGAGUCCCGACCACACAGUCCACGCAAGGCCAGUCCCACACAUGAGGUGGACACGGCCAGUGAAGUAGAGGAAUUGGACAUAGAUGUGUCUCCUGCUCCCUAUCCUGCAAGCAGAGGGGCUGCCAAACUACAGGUCUUCAUUUCCAGAUACAGCUAUAACCCCUAUGACGGCCCCAAUGAUAACCCAGAAGUGGAGCUCCCUCUCACCGCGGGAGAGUAUAUUUAUGUGUAUGGGGAUAUGGAUGACGAUGGCUUCUUUGAAGGUGAGCUGAUGGACGGACGGAGAGGGCUGGUCCCCUCCAACUUCGUGGAGCGCGUGUCGGACGACGACGUCAUGAGUGCCCAGGCUCACGAGGCCGGAGAGCAGUCCCACAACUCCUUCCAGGACAGCAGCCUCCACAGCGGCAGCGAGCGCUUCCAGCACCACAACCACCAGCAGCACGUGCGCUUCGGCCCCACCACCACCACCACCACCACCUCGGAGCGGACCGACGCCUCGAUCGCCCCCUCCCCCACCCCAGACCCCACCCUGGGCAAGGCGUCCCCCACCCCAGCCCUCACAGUCCCCAUCACCAACGGCCUGGACCUGGAGCUGGAGGAGGUGGACGUAGUGCCUUACCCACGCAAGCUCACCCUCAUCAAGCAGCUGGCCAAGAGCGUCAUCAUCGGAUGGGAGCCUCCGCUGGUGCCGGCCGGCUGGGGCUCCAUCUGGAGCUACAACAUCUUCGUGGACCAGGAGCUGCGGCUCAACGUGCCGUUCGGCUCCCAGCACAAGGCCGUGCUGGAGCGCCUGGACGUGGGCCUCAAGGCGUACCGCGUGUCCGUGCAGAGCCUCACCGAGCGGGGCAACUCGGACCAGCUGCGCUGCAGCCUGCUGGUGGGCGCCGACGUGUGCGUGGCGCCCACGCAGCUGCGGGUGGAGCGCGUCUCCGCCACCUCGGCCACGCUGGUGUGGCUACCCUGCAACAGCAACUACGUGCACAUCGUGUCCUUGAACGAGGAGGAGUGCGAGCUGGUCAAGGCCGGCUGCUACUCGCUCUGCCUCAGCAACCUCACGCCCAACCUGCACUACUGCGUCAAGGUGGAGGCGCGGCCGCACCGCACGCCCUGGGAGCUGCCGCAGGACCGCCGCGAGCGCAGGAUCACGGUCACCUCCUUCAGCACGCUCCCCGCUGGUCCCCCAGAUGCCCCUCUGGAUGUGCAGCUGGAGCAGGGGCCGUCUCCAGGGAUCGCCUUGGUCAGUUGGCUGCCUGUCACUAUUGACGCUGCUGGGACCUCAAACGGGGUCGCCGUCACGGGCUACACCAUUUACGCAGACAAGAAGAAGGUGCUGGAGGUGGCAUCACCCACGGCAGGCAGUGCUCUGCUGGGCCCGUCUCAGAUCCAGGCGGUGAAGGCGGCUCAGGAGCUCACCGUGCGCACCAUGUCCCCCCACGGCGAGUCUUCCGACUCAGUGCCCAUGAACGUCCAGGCCAAACUCGCUGCCAUCAUGGCAGGACCCGUGCCCCCAAGCCUACCUGUGCCAGUUCUGACAGCCGCCGCCGCUGCUGCUGUGCCCACCUCACCUGCCGUGUCGCCCCGCCUCGCCAAUUCGCCUGCCAAAUCGCCAGUGCCCUACAGCUUGCCGCCAGAUGCACACACGUUGGUCCCCGGCAGGGGGGUCUAUGCCAACACUCCCAAAGCCAUCACCGCGAAUGCCCCCCUGCCCUCCGGCUCCUACACGGAGGCCUGGGCAAACCCUCACGUGUCAGGUGCCUCCAUGCCCAUGGCCAUGGCAGUACAGCAGCCUCCAGCGUUACCACCAUCUUCUGCCAUCAGCUACCCAGCGGUCUGUGUACCGCAGGUGAGCGUGGCCGUGCCAUCCUGCGUCUCCCCGUCGCUGGAUCCCAGCAGGGACAUGGAGAGCCCCGUGCCCAUGCCCGGGGCCGGGCGGCCCGUCGUCUGCAUGUCCGACUUCCUGGAGGACCCCCGUGCCAAGCCCCACCAUCCCGAGCCCUGCCCCGUGCCCGUGCUUCGACCUCCGGCACCGUACGUGGACUCCCUCAACCCCCCAGAGACGCACCCGAUGCGGCCCCCCAACCCGUCCCCGUUUGGGUCGGAGGCUGAGGAGGACCUGGAGAACACGCGGCUGGUGUCCAUUGAGGAGUUCCUGGGCCACGGGAGGCCAGCUGUCAGACACCAGGCUUAUGGCGGCGGUGUGGCAGAACCGAGCGUUGACUACCAGCUGGAGACCAGCCGAGGCUCAGACCUGUCUGACAUCCUGGAGGAGGAGGAGGAGGACAUGUACUCAGAGUCCAUCGCAGAGGUGCAGGGCAGGGGCUACCUCAGGGAUGCCACAGGCGAGGCCGGCCCUGCAUGGUGCCCUCAGGAGGGGAUGGCCCCUCAACUCACCCGCUCUGAAGCCAGGCAGAUGAAAGAGGUUGAAGAGGCCGGGAGACUGAUAGGAGAGAACACGGUGAGGGUUUUCGUGGCCCUGUUCCCAUACGACCCUGUCAGCAUGUCACCUAAUCCUGACGCGGCCGAGGAGGAGCUUCCCUUUCGAGAGGGUCAGAUCAUCAAGGUAUACGGUGACAAAGAUGCCGAUGGUUUCUUCCACGGCGAGUGUAACGGCCGGAUGGGCUACAUCCCCUGCAACAUGGUGUCUGAGAUCCAGGUGGACGACACGGAGACACGUGACCAGCUGCUGCAGCAAGGCUUCCUCACCACCGAGGCCUCCAUGGAUAAGAUAGUGGAAUCGGCCGGAGUCUGGGAGGACCGCUCUCUGGUUGACUCUUCCAGUCAAGACCGGAGCCAAUCAGGGGCAGCCAUGGGGAACCCAGGACCCCUCCACCAGCCACGCAGAAUGGUGGCCAUCUUUGACUACGAUCCACGAGAGAGCUCUCCCAACGCAGACAUAGAGGCCGAGCUGACCUUCAGUGCGGGGGACAUCAUCUAUGUGCUCGGUGACAUGGACGCCGAUGGCUUCUUCUAUGGAGACCUGAACGGACACAAAGGCCUGGUCCCGUCCAACUUCCUGCAGCCUUUCCCUGAGACGGCAGAGGAGGCGGCUGGGCCUGCAGCGAUGGACCACCUUGUCGUGAUGGACGCCAGGAGAGACCCACAGAUGAGUGAGGCGACGUCCCUGGAGCAGGAGGACCCAGCGGCGGCUGCUGAACCAGACGAGGCCCCCCCACCAGAGCCUGGCCCAGGCCCGCUCCCUGAGACGCUGGCCAGCCCCAGCUGUGGCCCUGUCCCCCUGACGCCAGCCUCCGACGGCGCCCUGCUCACAGACCUAUCCCCCUCCGGCAAGAAGAAGAAGGGCUUCUUCUCCAAAGGGAAGAGGCUGUUUAAGAAGCUGGGCUCCAGCAAGAAGGAGUGAAGGCUGUGACCUUAAGUUUCUUUGUUUUCCUCCCCACACAGGAAGCACUUUUUUUUUAUGUUGGUUAGUCUAACUUAAAUUAAACCUAUUUAAUUGUAAUAAUGUAUUAUCAAAUAAGACUAGUUUCACUGUGGCAGGCUCUCCUAUGCGAAGCUUUCCUAAGAAUAUAUACCAUAAUAUAACACAAUACUUUGGAUAAACAUCAUCUUAAGAAUCAGCCGCACGCUGCAUGGCUCUGAAGUGUGUCUUCUGUCCCAUGGCAAGACACUAGCUAAAACAAGAGUAGUAGACACUGGAAAAGUGGUGUGCUUAGAUUAAGCAGUGGUCUCAAAACACAUAGAUUAACACUAAAAAUGCAUCCUUUGUGUAGGUCCAUUUGGAAGAGGCUGAGUAUAACAAGAAACAGUGCGGCAAGCAUAAAUGUCUGUUAACCUUUUCCUAACGUGGAUACGCUGCACACCCACUCAGAGCCAUCUGUGGGGUUUAAGAUGCUUAUGACAUUAUGCAGCUUUUGCUCUUAGGAGGACCAAACUCAUAGUUGUCUUUACUGUCGCAAGCAAUUCUAUAUCCUAUAUUUUCACGCUUUUGAUCUCUCUGGUACACCGACACAAGGGACCAUAGGAGAGUACCCCGUCCUUUCAGCAUCAACCCUAAAAAGUUGCGCUUGACCAGAAUGAUGGACGUCUUUUAAAAAAGUGAUUGGUGAACGCUGUGUGAGAUUUUAGUCUGCGCAAUCUCUGAGAAGAAGCAUGUGAGGCUGAGGUGAGCGUGUACGAGUGAAGUUCGUCUUUGCCUUUUUUCAGAUGUUGUCGCGGAACUCUUACCUGAGUGUGGUUUCCUUUUCUUUCUUUUUUUUGUCUUUUUUUUUCUUUUUUUUUGAUGAUGACGUGUGUGUGUGUGUGUCUGUUUGUACUUGUGGGUGUGUGAGACGCUGUUGCAGUGGUCUGCCUUGAGCCUGUCAUUAUUUUGUUUGUGAAAAGAUCAGUUACUUUUGUUCUUUUCAUUUGCCUCCGUUUUAGGAGUGAUGAAUUAUUGUAACGAUUCUACAGAAACUCACACUUACUCACUGACACUACAGGCUACAGAUUUUCCAUUUACACAGCAAAUCACAAAAACACACAAAUGGUUGUAGGACCAUGGACUAAAGACACGUGGGUAUAGCCAAACUGUUAGUUCAUUGGUACCACCACUACAAUAUGCAGUAAUCGUUUUUUGGAAUGUUUUCGUUUAUGUGUUUUUGUUUGUUUUUUGUGUCAUUACAGGGCUCAUGUGAAAUCACUUCUCAGGUUGAACUUGUAGUUUAUCAGCUUUGUGUGUUAAGCCGUGGCUGAUUGAACCGCAGGAUCUGAUUCUUGCCAAAACAUUAGGUGCUCGGCAUGUUACUAUGACAACUAGACACCUAUCAUCGAACACCUGCCAUUAAGUGGGAGGGGGGGUCAAAGCACGACUAACUUCUGAGAAUCAGCAGGACUGCAGCAGUAUUGUUAGUAACUUACUAAAGUCUCAGGUUACUGAACUUGAGAAAACUCCUGCAACAGAGCAGAAAUGGAGGGAAAAUGCCAAGGACUGUACCAACUUGGUUGAGUACGGGGGUGGGGGUCAGAGGUCGUUUGAAAAUUGCUGAAUUGUACAGUCACUCACUACAUAUUCCUCAAUGGCCUUUAGUCAACCUGCACUUUCCCAUGCAGCGCUAGGCAAUAGAGUUCACCGUUAGCGAUGCUACUGCAAGGAAUGCACACACCCAUAGCCCUCCGCCUGUCCAGCUCCGCAGUUUCACUAGAAGACGACCGCAGCACUCUAGAUUACCAGCUGUAAUGUUUAGCCUUAUAAGACGUUGUUUAGUCUUAAGUUGUUGUUUACACUGUACUUGUACUGACUGCAUGCAUAAUGACUUUUAUGCCCAUGUUUGGCCUUAUUGGAUUUAUUUAUAUAUUUAUAGUUUGACCAUUUUGUUGCAGUGUGUUUUGUAGUAGGGGGUGGGGGGGUUAGUACAUGCAGAGGAGAACUAGUGUGUUUGAACUGAGACUGCAGAAGGCAGGUCUGUAUAUAAUGUACAGUGUUUUGGUCCCAAUCAGUGGCACGGCUCUGACUUUUGGUAUGAUAUUUUUUCAUACAGCGAGAGACUUUAUUCUUUUGUCCGUCCAAACAAAGCUUGUUUCCAUUUUUUUUUUGUACAUUGAGGUUUUUAUUACCGAUUUUUUUUUUUCGACACUUGCUUGUAAAUAUGAUUGUUUUUUUGUUUUGUUAUUGUUUUCAGAUUUGUCUUUUUGCAUGAUACAGCAGUGUUUUGAUUGAGGAGCAAGAACAACUUGAAAGUGCAGAGAUUGCUUUCAUCUUUCAAUAUGGACCUUUUUACGAAAAUUAAAGUCUAUUUUCACAUAAAAUAU